AUGGUGGAGCUUGUGGCGCGCCUUUGGGAAAUUGGCGACAAGUGGGAGGAGUGUCUGCGCUUUCUUUGCCGCUGCGGGCAACAGAACGUCCUCAUACCUCCUGAGGCACACGACGCGGUAAUCCGUGUGUGUUAUCGACACGGGAAAUACGCCCAUGUGGUGAAGCAGAUGCAGCAGAUGAUUGCCACCCGCUCACCACCGGAUGAGCGCAGCGUUCGCCUGGCACUCGUCUCCUGCGAGGAGUGCGUUGCAGCGGAAAGAACCGACCCCGGACGGCAGUCCAGUGGGUGGGUCCUUGCUGUUUCCCUCUUUGACGCGAUGCGAAACAACAGGGUGACCAUGUACCAGCAGGAUUACGAAUCCCCGCUGCGGUCGUGCGCCAUGGUCGGACGGUGGGAGGAAGCCAUACGGAUUCUUGACGUCAUGCACAAAGACAAUCGACCGAUAUCCUCCCAGCUGUUUAGAGUGGCACUUGCAGCUCGUAUUGAGGGGUGCGCCUCCUUCGCAGAGGCCCAGCGAUUUGCGCAGAUUCCAGUGAUGCAGGGUGGUGGCGUAAUAGUGUACCUCGCCCUUUUGCGUUGCUGUAUGCGGCGGCGGGAUUGGAAGAACUUUGAUCACCUUAAUAGAGAAAUGCGGGAGCGCGAGUGCCCCGAGACCUUUGACAAGAUGCGCCUACUUAUUGAGGCUGCGUACCUUCGCGAGCAGUGGCAUGCCGUCCUUAUGCGCUUUGCUCGCCUUGAGAGCAUCUCGCGGUACGAAGAGAAGCGUGUGCUGGAGGACAAAUUGGUUCGGUCCUACCCUGAGGACUUUGACGUGCCGGACUCUAUUCUUGAGAUGGUCCUAGCGGCAUACGAGCACAUGAAGGAUCACAAAGACCCUGUUGUGGACACGGCGUAUCGGGCUGCACUUAAACGGAAGGCCAAAGGUACAGAGCAGCUAAUAUUUUCGUCAGAUGAAACUGUACAGGUUCCGCCGCAGGAUUGGAUGUUCUCGCAGAAGGAGCGAGAUAAAAAGAAAACCCCGAAUUUUUUUUAA